GUGAAAGUAAAAAGUUUCCCGUUUAACUUUUCCAUUCUCCAUCUUAUAGGGAUGGGCUGAGUGGAUUCCUCACCACACCGAUCAUAUAACGGAUUACCAGUUAUUGUCGCUUGCGUAGUUGAUGUUAAAGUUGGAGGAUUUAUGAGAAUGUGAAUUCAGUCAGAUUUAUCAGUUGUGGAGAUCAGAUUGAUCAGAUUCACCUCUGCAGCUCCAUCAUGGAUCAAACACAAACAUCAACACAUGAAGAUUUUUCUCCAGGAUGCAGUUCAGAUCAUCAGAAGAGAUCAGAUCCAGAGUUCAGUUGUGUGUCUAUGAAGAGUGAUGUGUCUAUGCCUCAUCCAUUGAACUUUAAGAAUGAAUCAACAUCUCCUGCUGUCAGACGAAUAACAGAACCUGACUGUCAGAGGAGGAAGAUUGAACAAUCUGAUAAUCAACCACAAGACUUCAAUGAAAACAUGAGUCCUCAUUUCAGUCAUGACUCUGAUCUUGCUGAAGUCCUGAACACAUUCAGAUCAAAUCUGAGGAAGAAGUUUGAGUGUUUGUAUGAAGUAACAUCAAAUAAGAGAAACCCAACACUACUGAAUGAGAUCUACACAGAGCUCUACAUCACAGAGAGUGAAAGUGGAGAGAUCAGUAAUGAACAUGAGGUGAGACAGAUUGAGACACAAUCCAGAAGAACAACAACAGAGGAGACACCAAUCAAAUGUAAUGACAUCUUUAAACCUUUACCUGAACAAGACAAACACAUCAGAAGUGUGCUGACAAAUGGAGUCGCUGGCAUUGGAAAAACAGUCUCUGUACAGAAGUUCAUUCUGGACUGGGCUGAAAAGAAAGAGAAUCAGGACGUCCACCUCAUAUUUCCACUUCCUUUCAGAGAGAUCAAUUUGAUGAAGGACAAAACACUCAGUCUUUUAGAUCUUCUUCAUCUUUUCUUCCCACAAACAAAAGAAAUGGAAAUCUUCAGUGAUGAAUAUAAAGUGUUGUUCAUCUUUGAUGGUUUGGAUGAGUGUCGUCUGUCUCUGGAUUUUCACAGCAGUGUGAGGUUGUGUGAUGUACGUAAAUCAACCUCAGUGGACGUGAUGCUGACAAACCUCAUCAAGGGGAAUCUGUUUCCCUCUGCUCUCAUCUGGAUCACCUCCAGACCAGCAGCAGCUGAUCUCAUCCCCUCUGAGUGUGUUGAUCGAGUCACAGAGGUACGAGGCUUCACUGAUCCACAGAAGGAGGAAUACUUCAGGAAGAGAAUCAAUGAUGAGAGUCUGUCUGAUCAAAUCAUCUCACACCUGAAGUCAUCCAGGAGUCUCUACAUCAUGUGUCACAUCCCAGUCUUCUGCUGGAUUUCAGUCACUGUUCUAGAGAGAAUAUUGAAUAGUGAAGCAAAGAGAAAAAAGAUUCCCAAGACUCUCACUGAAAUGUACACACACUUCCUGAUCAUUCAGACAAACAUCAAACAUCAGAAGGACUAUGAGAAGAAAGAUAAAAACAUGAUCUUUAAACUGGGGAAACUGUCUUUUGAGCAGCUUGUGAAAGGCAAUCUGAUCUUCUAUGAUGAAGACCUGAGAGAGUGUGGCAUUGAUGUAGCAGAAGCAUCAGUGUACUCAGGAUUGUGUACUCAGAUCUUCAGAGAGGAGUUUGGUUUGUAUCAGGGGAAAGUUUACUGCUUUGUUCAUCUCAGCAUCCAGGAACAUCUAGCAGCUCUUUAUGCUCACAUCUCCUUCACAAACAACAACAGAAAUGUGUUUAAUAAAAUGAAGAAACAAACUGAAAGAGAGAAGAUUUCAUUGUCUGAUCUGUAUAAGAGAGCUGUAAAUGAGGCUCUGAAUAGUAAAAACGGACGUUUUGAUCUUUUUCUUCGUUUUCUUCUGGGUUUGUCAGUGGAUUUGAAUCAGAAACUCUUACGAGGUUUGAUGACACAGACAGAUCAAAGCUCUCACAGCAAUGAGAAAACAGUUGAGUAUAUCAAGAAGAAGAUCAGCAGCACUCAAUCUCAUGAGAAAUUCAUCAAUCUGUUUCACUGUCUGAAUGAACUGGGUGAUGAUUCACUGCUGCAGGAGAUUCAACAUUAUGUGAAAUCUGGAACAUUAAGUGAAGCCAAACUCUCUUCAUCUCAGUGGUCAGCUGUAGUUUUUGUGUUGUUGACAUCAGAACAGAAGAUGGAUGAGUUUAAUCUGGAUAAUUUUGUUAGAAGAGAAAACAAAGCUGAAAGACUGAAAGUUCUUAAGAAGCUGCUGCCUGUGAUUUGUGAAUCCAGAUCAGUUCAAUUGUGUUGGUGUGAUAUCACAGAUGAAGGUUGUGUUGCUCUGACUUCAGCUCUGAGAUCAAACCCAUCACACCUGAGUUAUCUGGAUCUGUCUUAUAAUAAUCUCACAUAUUCAGGAGUGAAGCUGAUCUCUGAUUUACUUAAGAAUCCUGACUGUAAACUGGAGAUACUGAAGUUGAUGAUGUGUAAUAUCACAGAUGAAGGUUGUGUUGCUCUAACUUCAGCUCUGAGAUCAAACCCAUCACACCUGAGAGAUAUGGAUCUGUCUGAUAAUAAACUAAGUGAUUCAGGAGUGAAGCUGAUCUCUGAUGUACUGAAGAAUCCUGACUGUAAACUAAAGACACUGUGGUUGAGUGGUUGUGAUAUCACAGAUGAAGGUUGUGUUGCUCUGACUUCAGCUCUGAGAUCAAACCCAUCACACCUGAGAGAUCUGAAUCUGUCUUAUAAUAAUCUAAGAGAUUCAGGAUUGAAGCUGAUCUCUGAUGUACUGAAGAAUCCUGACUGUAAACUGAAGAUACUGAAGUUGAAGAGUUGUGAUAUCACAGAUGAAGGUUGUGUUGCUCUGACUUCAGCUCUGAGAUCAAACCCAUCACACCUGACACAUCUGGAUCUGUCUAAUAAUAAUCUAAGAGAUUCAGGAGUGAAGCUGAUCUCUGAUAUACUGAAGAAUCCUGACUGUAAACUGGAGAUACUGAAGUUGUAUAGUUGUAAUAUCACAGAUGAAGGUUGUGUUGCUCUGACUUCAGCUCUGAGAUCAAACCCAUCACACCUGAGAGAACUGAAUCUGUCUUAUAAUAAACUAAGAGAUUCAGGAGUGAAGCUGAUCUCUGAUGUACUGAAGAAUCCUGACUGUAAACUGGAGAUACUGAAGUUGUGGGGUUUUAUUAUCACAGCUGAAGGUGAUGCUGCUCUGUCUUCAAACCCCUUACAUGUGACAAAACUGAAUAAUAAUGUAGGUGAUUCAGAAGUGAAGCUGAUCUCUGAUGUACUGAAGAAUCCUGACUGUAAACUACAGAAACUGGAAUUGGAGCGGUGUAAUAUCACAGAUGAAAGUUGUGUUGCUCUGACUUCAGCUCUGAGAUCAAACCCAUCACACCUGACACAUCUGGAUCUGACUGGUAAUAAUCUAAGAGAUUCAGGAGUGAAGCUGAUCUCUGAUGUACUGAAGAAUCCUGACUGUAAACUGGAGAUACUGAAGUUGUGGGGUUUUAAUAUCACAGCUGAAGGUGAUGCUGCUCUGACUUCAAACCCCUUACAUGUGACAAAACUGAAUAAUAAUGUAGGUGAUUCAGAAGUGAAGCUGAUCUCUGAUGUACUGAAGAAUCCUGACUGUAAACUACAGAAAAUGGAAUUGGAGCGGUGUAAUAUCACAGAUGAAGGUUGUGUUGCUCUGACUUCAGCUCUGAGAUCAAACCCAUCACACCUGACACAUCUGAAUCUGUCUGGUAAUAAUCUAAGAGAUUCAGGAGUGAAGCUGAUCUCUGAUGUACUGAAGAAUCCUGACUGUAAACUGGAGAUACUGAAGUAAGAUCAUCUCUCUGAU